AUGCCUCGGGUGAAGAACGUAACGAGUAAAGUUUAUAAGUGUCCCAGGAGGCCAUUCGAGAAGGAACGUCUUGAUCAAGAGCUGAAAUUAAUUGGUGAAUUUGGUCUGCGUAACAAAAGAGAAGUGUGGAGAGUCAAAUAUACGCUUGCAAAAAUUCGUAAAGCAGCCCGAACGCUUUUGACCCUGGAAGAAAAGGAUCCUCGCAGGUUGUUUGAGGGUAAUGCCCUCUUGCGUCGUUUGGUAAGAAUUGGUGUAUUAAGUGAGGAGAAGAUGAAACUCGAUUACGUCCUAGGUUUGCGCGUUGAGGAUUUCUUAGAGCGACGCUUACAGACUCAGGUGUUCAAAUUGGGGCUCGCUAAAUCAAUUCAUCAUGCGCGUGUUUUAAUAAGGCAAAAACAUAUUAGGGUUAGAAGGCAGAUUGUAAAUGUACCAUCGUUCAUUGUGCGUUUGGACAGUCAAAAACAUAUUGAUUUCUCACUGAAAUCGCCUUUCGGUGGCGGACGACCUGGCCGUGUUAAGAGGCGUAAUGCUAAAAAGGGUACAGGAGGUGAAGAAGGUGGUGAAGACGAAGAGUAA